GGCAGGCACGAGAAGCAGCGCAUUUGCUGCAGAGUGCGGAAUGCGAGAAGGAAGAAACAGAAGAGAUUCUCAGGAGAAGGAGAGCAGAGGGUGAGGAAGGAUCGAGCGAAUUUGGCUUAGCUUGAGAGCGAUCGGGGAAUCGAUUGACAGCCAUGGAGUGUCUGUUUGGAAUUCAAGGCGACAAGUUCGCGCUGCUGGUGGCGGACACCUCUCAAGUGCAGAGCAUUGUCGUACAGAAGACCGAGGAGGACAAGAUCAUGCUUCUCGAUUCGCACAAGCUUCUCGCUACCAUCGGUGAAAACGGCGACAGGGUUCAAUUCUCGGAGUUCAUCCAAAAGAACAUUCUCUUAUACCAGUUCCGCAAUGGAAUUCCUCUUUCAACUUCGGCUGCUGCCAACUUUACGUGUGGCGAGUUGGCGCACGCUUUACGGAAGAACCCUUACUUUGUGAACAUGAUGAUUGCUGGUUACGAUUCUGAGGAGGGCCCUUCUCUGUAUUACUUGGAUUACAUUGCAACUCUGCACAAGGUCAAGACUGGCGCCUUAGGUUAUGGUGCAUAUUUUAUAUUAUCGCUGAUGGACAAGUUCUACUCGAAGAACAUGUCCUUGGAUGCCGCACUGGAACUGGUUGACAAGUGCAUUUUGGAAAUCAAAACAAGGUUGAUGGGUGCUCCUCCAAAUUUUGUUAUCAAGAUUGUAGACGAAAAUGGAGCUCGAGAGUUCGCGUGGAGGAAGUCGGUCGAGGAUAAUACUGGCCCUCCAUCUUCAGCACCUGCACCCUUGACCCCUGUUGAGGUUUCGAGCCAGGCCUAGUUCUCCUUACGCCCUUAAUAACUAUAUGUACAAAUGGUCAACGCCCGGAUUCAGGCAGGGUAGCUCCUACAGGUUGAAGGGAUUAUAUUGGAGGAAAGAGGGUCCUCUGGAGACAUUGUGCAGGCCUUUCUUUUUUAACCGUCUGGUUUGCUCCAUGUGUCACACGCUUCUCUGUAGUGUAGUUUGUAGCUUCGCAGCAUCGUAGUAUCGUAGGCACUUACAUUCGAGCGAAGCUCAAGGACACGUGUAAUUUUUCGAAAUUGCCCUGGCUAGUUACGAAACCGUGCGGGGUUCAUCCGAGCUAUUAGCUUUCUUCUGUAAAUCCGAGUAAUCAGAUCUUAACCUGCGCAGUUUACUUUCAUCGAUAUUGUAGCAGGUGACAUUUUGUGGACGUUCAAAGGUGUCUAAACCUGAUGGUUUGCACGGAAUUUCAAAACAUCA